AUGCCGCUCCUGCCAUGGCAGAGUCGAUUCCACGAGAAGUCUUCCGAGUGCCUGCCAUUGGAGACGUCUGGGUCAAUGGCCUCUCGAACGAAUACGAUGCUUCUACCUUUCCCUCUCAACUAG